AUGGGGCCUGUGGUGGCGCUGUGGUCGCCGGCACAGUCUAAGAGUAGUGCGGGCCUCACACCUAACGCCUCCGUUCGAGGAGAAGUGUACGCCUUCUACGGUGUACCUUACGGCCGCAACACCGGGGGACGUCGGCGUUUCGCGCCGCCAGAGCCGGCACUGCUGCGGAACGAGGUGAUACGUGCAGACCGCCGGAAGCCUGCAUGCCCGCAGUUCGCCCAAAUCGCCGUUCUGGACGAGAUCACGGCCGGCACGAGUGAGGACUGCUUGCACCUAAACGUGUGGACGCCAAGUAUCUUACGUUGCUCUACAGGAUGCCAACAAAAGCCCGUGAUAGUGUUUUUCUACGGGCGCGAUUUCGAGCACGGCUUCAGCGACUACCAAUACUACGACGGCACCACGCUUUCCGGCUUCUCUGACGUCGUGGUAGUAGUACCCAGCUACAGGCUAGGCGUGUUCGGGUUCCUCAACGCGAACACGACCGAUGCGCCAGGAAACGUGGGCCUGCUCGACCAGCAACUAGUUCUCUCCUGGGUUUACAGUAAUAUCGCCGCCUUCAACGGCGAUCCCAACAACGUCUGA